GCACACAAGGCUGUCAUCCUCACAUCGACUGCAGCCUCUCGAUCUGCCUGUGGUCCUGUCGCCUUCCAGGCAUGGACACGCUUUAAGGAGAGCACCGUACGAGCUCGCAAAAGAUCCUAAAUCGAGUAAUGAUGGAGUACUGGAGGCAAUGCGCGCUGUGGUUGAUCCACUGCAAGGUGCUUCCAGCCAACCAUCGGGUUACGUGGGAGACCGCGCAGGUAUUCGACUUGGCCCAAACCCUCCGGGAUGGAGUCCUCCUCUGCCAUCUGCUCAACAACCUCAAGCCCCAGUCCAUCAACCUGAAGGAGAUCAACCUGCGACCUCAGAUGUCACAGUUCCUUUGCCUGAAGAACAUUAGGACUUUCCUGGCAGCUUGCAGCGACGCUUUCGGCAUGAGGAAGAGCGAGCUGUUUGAGGCCUUUGACCUGUUUGACGUCAGGGACUUUGGAAAGGUUAUGGACACGCUAUCCAAGCUUUCCCACACAUUAGCCGCACAGGAAAGUGGAAUCAGGCCUUUUCCCACAGAAGAAAGUGUAGAAGACGAGGACAUCUACAACCACCUGGAGGACCUGAUCGACGAGAAUGGCGUGGAGGACGAGGAGGACCUGUAUGACUGCGUGUACGACGAUGAAAACGGCGGCGAAGUCUACGAGGACCUGAUGAAAACGGAAGCUCUGGCUCCUCCGGUGUUCCAUAAACAAGCCGAGAUAGACAUCAGGGGUUGCUGUUUGACGGAAAUCAAGCAGACCGAGGAGAAAUUCACAGACACCCUGGAUUCCAUAGAAAAGAACUUUAUGACGCCUCUCACCGUCUUUUUAUCCUCGGCCGAGAUGGAGAAAGUCUUUGUCAAUAUACCGGACCUGGUGAAAGUCCACAAAUGUUUACUGCAGGAAAUCCAAGACUCAGUCCAGCACAGAAGUGCCCAAAACCUUUACCAGAUCUUUAUUACUUUCAAAGAAAGGUUGCUAAUUUAUGGGAAAUACUGCAGUGAUGUGGAGACUGCAAUCGCCACUCUGGACAACAUCUGCAAAGACCGAGAAGAUGUACGCAUGAAACUUGAGGAGUGCUCCAAGCGAGCCAAUUAUGGAAAGUUCACUCUGAGGGAUCUGCUGGUGGUUCCCAUGCAGCGGGUCUUGAAGUACCACCUCCUGCUGCAGGAGUUGGUUAAACACACUCAGGAUGCCGCCGACAAGAGCAACCUGCGGAAGGCUUUGGAUGCCAUGAAGGACUUGGCUCAGUACGUCAACGAAGUCAAGAGAGACAACGAGACGCUACGAGAAAUCGAUCAGUAUCAAAAAUCCAUAGAAAACCUGAAUCAGCCUCUGAGUAACUACGGGAGACCCAAAGGGGACGGGGAAGUGCGGGUGGCCUCGGUGGACAAACGAGCUAAACAGGACAGGCAUAUAUUCCUGUUCGAUGCUGCUGUCGUGGUUUGCAAGAGGCGAGGAGACAACUACGAGAUGAAAGACGUGAUCGACUUGCACCUCUUUAAGAUCACAAACAACCCCACGUCGGACAAGGAGAACCGAAAGUGGUCCUACGGAUUCUACCUCACGCACAACCAGGGCCAGAACGGCUUUGAGUUCUUCUUCAAGACCAAAGAGCUGAAAAAGAAGUGGCUGGAGCAGUUUGGCAUGGCCAUAUCCAACAUUCGUCCCGAGAACGCAACCAACAAUUUCCACGAGUUUCAUAUGCACACUUUUGAAAGAAUCACCUCCUGCACUUCCUGUCACAUGCUACUGAGGGGGGUCUUUAACCAAGGCUACCUAUGCUCCAAGUGCGGCUUGGGCGCUCAUAAAGAAUGUCUGGGCCGUCUAGGCUGCUGUGGGAAGACGGAUCCCGGCUCCGUCAGAACUCAGGUCAAAGACAGAGAUCCAGGUCUCCCCAAGAUGCUGGUCAUCAGGAACUACUUCGGCGCCCCCAGCCCCACGUCCGGUCCGGCGCUCAGCAUCCAAACGGGUGACAUCAUCGAAUUAAUCUGCGCCGACCUUCACAGCCCCUGGUGGCAGGGCAAAAUCCUGUCAACAAAAGAAGUUGGCUUCUUUCCCAGCGACGCCGUGAAGCCGUGCCCUUGUGUCCCCAAGCCCAUCGAUUACUCCUCCCAACCAUGGUUUGCGGGGCCCAUGGAGCGACUCCAGGCGGAGGCAGAACUCAUCAACCGGGUCAACAGCACCUACCUGGUUCGCCAUCGCAGCAGAGAGUUCACGGAGUACGCCAUCAGCAUCAAGUACAACAACGACGUGAAGCACAUCAAGAUUCUGACCAAGGAGGGCUGCUUCCACAUCGCCGAGAAUAAGACGUUCAGGAGCAUAUUUGAGCUGAUUGAGUACUACAAACACCACUCCCUGAGGGAAGGCUUUCGAAGUCUGGACACCACGCUGCAGUAUCCAUACCGGGAAGUGGAGAACUUGACCAUGCAUCGCUUCAACCGCUCCGGCAGCAACACCCCAUUGCUCUGCGGCCUCUCUUUUGUAACCCCCGCCGGCUACAGCUUUGUACCUCCUUCCUCUGCCCCCUUCUGGUCAGUGUUUACACCCAAGGUGAUCGGCGUGGCCAUCGCCCGCUACGAUUUCAGCUCACGUGACAUGCGGGAGCUCUCGCUGCAGGAAGGCGACGUGGUGAAGAUUUACACCAAGUCCGGAGCCAACGGGUGGUGGAGGGGGGAGGUCAACGGAAGGAUCGGCUGGUUUCCAUCCACGUACGUGGAAGAAGGUGAGGAGUGAGCGGACCAAUGAGGACCGGAAGACUUAAACCGGAACCAAUCAGCUCGGAGCCAGCGAGGCCUUGUUGCUUUCACCCUCCAGAGGCCUUACAGAGCAAAGAGACACAGAAAAGGGCUGGAGAAGACAAGACGCCCAUCCUUCCUGCCUGGCGAAGUACCUCCAGCAUCCACCAGUAGCAGCUUGCCUGUCAGUGGGGCGGGCGGGCGGGAUCGCCAGCCGUAAUUUUUCACCUCUUUCUGCCUGAGCCAGCCACAUGCCCCCCCCCUCGCCCUUCCCCGCCAAAUCCCACCUGUUUGUUCUUGCCAACUUGGCGAAGAAAGCAGAAAGUCGGGCCCCCGCUCCUCCAUUCAUGCGUCCAUUCACCUGCUUCUUGGAGGAAUGGACUCAUCCAAAGCGGAAGGACCGACGCGUCCUCGCGUCCUCUUCCCACAUGGCUUUGACCUUGCCCGCGUGUUUGUUCCGCAACGCCGGUGGGUUAUUGAUGACUCGGCGGCCCCGCGCUCGCACAGCAGCUCCCUCAGAUUACGAUCGCGGCGCUCUCACUCAUACAGGAGAUGGAAGAUAAAGAUGGCGUCGGCGCCUGCUGCCUGCAGUUGAUGGCUCUUGUUCCUAUUUUCCUCUCGCCGCUCACAUUCUUUAUCUCCGCAGCAGACUCUCGUGUUUUCGCUCGUGUCGGGCCGUUAGUGAGCCUCUCGCUUAUCGCUGGCAGCUCCGGCGACAGGAGCCCGUCCGUGGGAGGCUUUAUCUUAGUGGAGGUACUGCGAGCCGCAGUCUGGCUGCCACCUGACCCGCUAACAUCAAAUGUAAGCAAUGAAAACCACACAUUUACCUUCCUUGGGAUGCUUUUUCUGCCACUGUUUGAACUCGCAUAUGUUGGACCCUUCCAUGCACUCCAUAAUUUAGCUUUUCUGCUCUUGGUACCCUCCAUAUGGGACUUGAACAUGACACCACACCUAUGGAAAUGGUAUAUGGUUAGUGUUAGAUGUACCUUUUAAAGCGGCGGUUCCCAACCUUUUCACUUUGCAUCACAGCACGCAACUGUGGUGCAUUCAAGGACAAAAAUGGGGGUGGUGACAAAAGUCCAACUGUGGGCUUCCGAACAAACAGGGUGUUAAUUUUCCAAGGAAAUAACCCUUACUUCCAACAGUAUUUUCAUUUCCAUAAAACAUAUUUGAAACAUAAUCAUUGAUUAUUCAUCGUUCACAGAGCGAUGGUUGGUGACCUCUACUUUAAACCACAUUUGACUCAAGUUUAUUGCAAUUUCUAACAGUGGAAAUAACAUCAAUCAAGUGAGUUGGACAUGGGAAUUCAUGAGAAAGAAGUGGGCAUUAAUUGGAAUAUGGUGGACCACUGGAAUGGCAUGAGCAGACACAUUUAAAAAAAUUAUUCUACAUUAUAUAGGAAAUAUACAUUAAAUUAUAUAUUAAAGUGGAAGAAAAUAUAUAUAUUUUAAUUCUAUAACAAUUCUAAAUAGAUAAAAUAUACAUAUUAAAGUUAUAAAAAUAUAUAUUAAAUGUUAUAUAAUUUUUUUUUACAAAAUACAAAUCUUUUCAUAAAUUUUUAAAAUAUUUUUAAUAUCAACAUUAUGCAGCAAACCCCUGCAUGUGUGGGUUUCCUCCCCAUUCCAAAAACAUGCUAGGUUAAUUGGCCACUCCAAAUUGUCCAUAGGUAUGAAUGUGAGUGUGAAUGGUUGUUUGUCUAUAUGUGCCCUGUGAUUGGCUGGCCACCAGUCCAGGAUGUGCCCCUCGUGAGGAUAAGCGGUAGUGAAUGAAUGAAUGAAUAUUAUGCAUCAGUAUUAUAUUUCAUUCCCUUUACAUUCACAGCUGCAGUCUUUUGGGAAAUUCCCACCGUAGAUUCUCAUUAUGUCCCAUGUGUUCCCAUGGAAAUCUGAGUUUAUCCGUCCUAUCCAAGAGCUAAAUGGAACAAUAUCUUUGGUUUGUGGCGCUAUCAUAGACUAACGGGACAGGAUAUUUAUUUUUGAAAUAGCUCCUUCCUCCCUCGUUCCACAAAUACUAACCUUUCUCACACACGUCCACACCUGGCGUUUUAAACACAUCCUCUAUUAACCACAAUUGUGGAAAUAAAGAAAAUAUAUUUUUUUAGUGUUGAUGGAAAGGAAAAAAGAAACAUGUGGUGUUCAUGUCAGAAGAUAUGCUGUGGAUUAUUCCGCACACAUCAUGGUCCAGAGGUGACAUUGAGGACAAGAAGAAACAACAAGAUGGCGCCGCGGACGGCUGCCUCGGUGUGUUGGUGCGCAUUGUUUUGCUUUGUUUUAUGUUAUAAAACUGUUUUUUGCGCCGGUACCGGGAGCUCUUUCACCAGGGAAGAGCUCAUGAACAUCAGGGGAGCAACACCAGAGGAUUUACUUCCUAAAUUU